GUGGCGAGCCAUUCGAAAGAAAACAAAUCCAGCUAUCUCUUCUGCCUCCGGUCGCCCGGCUGCGCCAUGGCGCUACAACUGCAGGCCGCCACUCCGCGUCCCCUCCCGCUCGCCUUCUCCAGCAGGCGUCCUGCUCCGCCGCCGCCGCCGCCGCGUGCCCUCGUUCGCCUGGCUAUCGUCUCCAACCCCUCGUACCCCACUGCGCGCCUCUCCUGUCGUGGCCCCGCGCCUCGCUGGCGGCGGGUGAGAGUGCGGGCGCGCGCUGGGGCCGGCGGCGGCAGGCGGAGGGAGUCCCCGUACGAGGUGCUCGGCGUGUCGCCGUCGGCGGCGCCCAACGAGAUCAAGCGCGCGUACCGGCGCCUCGCGCUCAAGUACCACCCGGACGUCAACAAGGAACCUAAUGCCCAGGAGAAGUUUCUGCGGAUCAAGCAUGCUUACAACACACUGAUGAACUCAGAGAGCCGAUCCAAGUACGCGAGCAGCAGUUCAGAUUCGUCAUGGUCCUCCUAUAGCUCCAGAGAGAGCAAAUCAACUGCUGAAGAGGAGCCAUUCUAUGGGUUCGCGGAAUUCCUUAAAGAUCUGCAGACAGAAUUUCAGAACUGGGAAGCUGGGUUGAAUUCAGAUCAGAAACCUAAAAGCCUCUGGGAAGAAUUAGCAGCAAUUGGUGAGGAAUUCGUGGAAUUUCUGGAAAAUGAACUGAAGAUUGAUGACUCCAGCCCCAAGGAUGACACUGGAAAUGAUCCAUACACACAAUUUGGAGGGCAAGCAAAAAAUGCUAAGGAUAGCAAGACAGUAACAAACAACUUUGACGAUGGUGUUUCUGAAAUAGAGGCUGCCCUUGAGAAGCUGAAGAAAGAACUUGGACUCGGUUAGACCAUUGCUGGUUCUACUGACUUGAUGUUUAUACGAUAUUUCUUGUAUGUAUUCUAUCUGCUGGUGAUAAUAGCUAGUCAUGGGAUCUAGUCGAAAGCUUAUGAGCUUAUACAAGCAGAUUUCAUAAUUUUUUCUGGUUUCUACAAGGGCAGCUUGUUUGGAAAGCCCAAUGGCAAAAAUUUUAUUGCCUUCAAAGUUUUUGAGUAAAAAUGUUCUUUUAAUGGUGGGGUAAAAAAGAACAAAGUUGUGUCCUGCCAUGAUAAUUCAGGUCAAAUACAGUUUUGCAGAUGACAUGAAGUGUGAUCCUUUUGGUGAGACUUGGGUGACCUCAUGCAAUGCAUAUUUGUUCUUUAUAUUCCA